UCUUCUUCUUUUACCAAGUGAAACCCCGCUCACACGGGCUGCCCUCGAUGAACACAUCGAACCAACCCUCCAGGUUCCUCCUGAAUGACGCAUGGAGCCCAGCAAGCCAGUCCGCUCAGUUCAGCUCGGCACGGUCCGGAGCAACAUGCAGGAUGGCGAGUGUGGAGACAGCCGCCGAACACGAACGGAUACUGCGGGAGAUUGAGAGCACAGACGCCAACUGUAUCGGGCCGACCCUCCGGUCGGUGUACGAUGGCCGGGAACAUGGCCUCUUCAUGGAGAAGCUGGACGUGCGGAUCAGGAACCACGACCGAGAGAUCGAGAAGAUGUGUAACCACCACUUCCAGGGGUUCGUCGACUCCAUCACAGAGCUGCUCAAAGUACGAGGGGAGGCGCAAAAACUGAAGAGUCAGGUAACUGAGACUAACAGGCGUCUUCAGGAUGACGGCAAACAGCUCAUGGGCUCCAUGGAGGAGCUGCAGCUGUGUCGAGUGCAACAGAGAAACAUCGCGACCACCAUAGACAAACUCACGCACUGCUUACCAGUCCUGGAGAUGUACACCAGACUUCAGGAGCAGAUGAGGGCCAAGAGGUACUACCCUGCGCUGCGGACGUUGGAGCAGCUGGAGCACACGUGUCUUCCCAGGGCGGGUCAGUACCGCUUCUGCUCCAUUAUGGCGGAAAACAUCCCCAUACUGAGGACGCAGAUCCGAGACACGGCGAUGACGCAGCUGAGAGAUUUCCUGGAGAGCAUCCGGAAACACUCUGACAAGAUAGGAGAGGCCGCCAUCAAGCAGGCGCAGCUGCAGCGCUCCCUGGACAGCUCCGUCUCAACACAGCCGAGGGCCCUGAUUGGCCGACGCAGCCGAAAGGAGGCGGCGGCGGCGCCAACGGACAGUGGCGGGCACGGGGGCAGUCCAGUGUCGGAACAGGACUCUGGCAUUCUGGAUGUGGAGGAUGAAGAUGAGGAAGAUGAAGUCCCAGGAGCUCAGGACCUGGUGGAUUUCUCUCCAGUUUACCGCUGUCUGCAUAUCUACACUGUGCUGGGUUUGCGUGAUGUGUUUGAGAACUACUACAGAAAGCAGAGGAGGAAACAGGCUCGCCUUGUGCUGCAGCCCCACUCUAACAUGCAUGAAACUCUGGAGGGAUACAGGCGGUACUUCAAUCAGAUUGUCGGCUUCUUUGUCGUGGAGGAUCACGUCCUUCACACCACACAGGGUUUGGUCAACAGAGCAUACGUGGAGGAGCUUUGGGAGUUGGCGCUGUCCAAACUCAUCGCCGCCCUGAGGACGCAUUCUUCGUACUGUGACAACCCUGACCUGGUGCUGGAUCUGAAGAACCUCAUUGUCCUUUUUGCUGAUACACUGCAGGGUUAUGGUUUCCCAGUGUCGCAGCUGUUUGACAUGAUGCUGGAGAUGAGGGAGCAGUACGGAGAAAUCCUGCUCAAGAAAUGGAACAUCACCUUCAGGCAGGUGUUGGACCAGGACAACUUCAGCCCAAUCCCGGUCUCAACAGAGCAGGAAUACAAACACUACACUUCCCAGUUUCCCCUGCAAGACCCUGAACUGGACAAGCUUCCUUUUCCCAAGAAGCUUCCCUUCUCUGAGUUUGUGCCAAAGGUCUACUGCCAGCUCAAAGAGUUCAUCUACGCGUGUCUGAAAUACUGUGAAGACCUCCAUCUCAGUUCCACGGAGGUAGACGAUAUGAUCCGCAAGUCGACAAAUGUGUUGUUGACCAGAACCCUCAGCCACUGUCUGCACUACGCCAUUAAGAAGAAGAAUGUCGGGCUGGCAGAGUUGGUGCAGGUGAUCAUAAACACCACCCACCUGGAGCAGUGCUGCCACUUCCUGGAGGAGUUCAUAUCAAACAUCACAAAUGUUCCGCCAGACACAGCAAACGCUACCAAGCUGUACGGGACCUCCACCUUUAAGGACGCUCGCCAUGCGGCCGAGGAGGAGAUCUACACCAACCUGAACGCCAAGAUCGACCAGUUCCUGCAGCUGGCUGAUUACGAUUGGAUGGCCGCAGGACAGGGAGGCGGGACUCUGGAAGCCAGCGACUACCUGGUUGACCUUAUCGCUUUUCUGAAGAGCACGUUCAGUGUCUUCACCAACCUGCCGGGAACGCCAGUAGAACACGCUACCUUACCGGGUAAAGUGGCCCAGACGGCCUGCAUGUCGGCCUGUAAACACAUCUCCACCUCCCUGAUGCAGCUCCUGCUCGACCCGGAGGUCAGACAGAUCUCCGUGGGAGCGCUGCACCAGCUCAACACCGACGUUAAGGAGUGUGAGGGUGAGUGUCCAUGUUUAGUUUUAAAGUCACCCCCACCCACUUUGUCAUUCAUCGGUUAG